GGAGAGUGAAGACCCCAGCAAGGCCCUGCCUGCCCCAGGGCCCUUGACAUGCACACACAUGUAUUCCAUUUCAUAUGCUCACUGACAUAAGGCUGUAGACAUCAAACACAAUCUCACAGGAGUACACACACACUUACAGGGAAAAAGACAGGACUCUCUCCCUGUCUACAGGUAAUCAUAACACCAGGUGCCCAGCGCCUUGGCAGAGGAGGAGGGGACCAGAGUAGCGGGUGCAGGGAACAGAGGGAUGCUGUGUUUUUGGCUUAGUGGAGAGUGUGUGGAGGGGCCUGGAGCCAGGUGAGCCCAGACUGAGGAGGAGGGGGCCGUGGGGGGGCUUUGAAUGCCAUUGAAGGUACUGGGGAGCCACAGAAGGUUUCUGGGAGAAUAAGAAGAUGGGAAUUGAUGGCCCUGAGGAAGAGUCUGGUGGGGAGGCAGGAAACAGGGAGUGGCCUGUUUAGCACUGGGCGCUGGUGGUUCCAUUCCGAAUCCCAGGUGCCCAGCAUAGGUGAGUGGGCACAAGGCUCAGGAAACAGUUAUUGAAUGAAUGAAUGGCCCAGGCAAGAUGAGGCCUGAACUGAGACCAGGACAGGGGGAUGGAAAAGAGGAGUAGGGUGCCAGAAGUCACUGUGCUUGGCUGCUGUGGCAACUCAUCGGUUGGAGAAAUCUAAGAUGCUUGGGGGUCUGGGGACCAUAGUAGUACCAUUAGCAGGAAGAAAUGAAAGCAAUGGGAGCGGCACAUUUUGUAGGAUGGUGAGAGACAGAUGUGGAGAGGUUGGCAUGGCAAUGACUUCACUGCUUGGAGCCGGUUUGCAUCUGAGUAAAAGCAUAAGUGAGUUUAAAUGUCCCAGAAUUGGUUUCCAUUAAAUCAUCCCAUAAUUGAGAACAGAAAAGGAGAUUACAGAAGACACAGAUGGCCAAGUCUAUACCAGUUCACAAGCCACCCAGGAGUUUUCCUCUCCAGUGUCAGUGGAAGCUGAUGGAGAAUCGAGGUCUGGACCCAGGGACUCGGGACUCCUAUGGUGCCACCAGCCACCUCCCCAACAAGGGGGCCCUGGCAAAAGCCAAGAACAACUUCAAAGACCUGAUGUCCAAGCUGACAGAGGGCCAGUAUGUGCUGUGCCGGUGGACAGAUGGACUGUAUUAUCUCGGGAAGAUCAAGAGGGUCAGCAGUUCUAAGCAGAGCUGCCUUGUAACUUUUGAAGAUAACUCCAAAUACUGGGUCUUGUGGAAGGACAUACAGCAUGCUGGUGUUCCAGGAGAGGAACCCAAGUGCAACAUCUGCCUGGGGAAGACAUCAGGACCACUGAAUGAGAUCCUCAUCUGUGGGAAGUGUGGCCUGGGUUACCACCAGCAGUGCCACAUCCCCAUAGCGGGCAGUGCCGACCGGCCCCUGCUCACACCUUGGUUCUGCCGACGCUGCAUCUUUGCGCUGGCUGUGCGGAAAGGCGGCGCGCUGAAGAAGGGCGCCAUCGCCAGGACCCUGCAGGCUGUGAAGAUGGUGCUGUCCUACCAGCCCGAGGAGCUGGAGUGGGACUCGCCCCACCGCACCAACCAGCAGCAAUGCUACUGCUACUGCGGCGGGCCGGGAGAAUGGUACCUGCGGAUGCUGCAGUGUUACCGGUGCAGGCAGUGGUUCCACGAGGCCUGCACCCAGUGUCUCAAUGAGCCCAUGAUGUUCGGAGACCGGUUCUACCUGUUUUUCUGCUCCGUGUGCAACCAGGGCCCAGAGUACAUCGAGAGGUUGCCCCUGCGAUGGGUCGAUGUGGUUCACCUGGCCCUCUACAACCUGGGGGUGCAGAGCAAGAAGAAGUACUUUGACUUUGAGGAGAUUCUGGCCUUUGUCAACCACCACUGGGAGCUCCUGCAGCUUGGCAAGCUCACCAGCACCCCCGUGACGGACCGAGGACCGCAUCUCCUCAACGCUCUGAACAGUUAUAAAAGCCGGUUCCUCUGCGGCAAGGAGAUCAAGAAGAAGAAGUGCAUCUUCCGCCUGCGCAUCCGCGUCCCGCCCAACCCCCCCGGGAAGCUGCUGCCCGACAAGGGCCUGGUGCCCACUGAGAACGGCGCCUCUGAGCUGCGUAAGAGAGGAAAGAGCAAGCCUGGUUUGUUGCCUCAUGAAUUCCAGCAGCAGAAAAGGCGAGUUUAUAGAAGAAAAAGAUCAAAGUUUUUGCUGGAAGAUGCUAUCCCCAGUAGUGACUUUACCUCGGCCUGGAGCACCAACCACCACCUGGCCAGUAUAUUUGACUUCACGCUGGAUGAGAUACAGAGUUUAAAAAGUGCCAGCUCAGGCCAGACCUUCUUCUCUGACGUGGACUCCACCGACGCUGCCAGCACCUCCGGCUCCGCUUCCACCAGCCUUUCCUACGACUCCAGACGGACAGUGGGCAGCCGCAAGAGGAAGCUGGCAGCCAAAGCGUACAUGCCACUGCGGGCAAAGCGGCGGGCGGCCGAGCUGGGUGGACGCUGCCCCUCCGACAGCAGCGCGGAGGGGGCCUCAGGCCCCGAGCGGCCCGACGAGGGCAUCGACAGCCACACGUUCGAGAGCAUCAGUGAAGAUGACUCGUCCUUGUCCCACCUCAAGUCAUCCAUCACCAACUACUUUGGCGCAGCCGGGCGGUUAGCCUGUGGGGAGAAGUACCAGGUGCUGGCUCGGAGGGUCACGCCCGAGGGCAAGGUUCAGUACCUGGUGGAGUGGGAAGGGACUACCCCUUACUGACCAGCCCCCACAGGAUGCCAGCAGUCCUGGAAGCCAAAGGGGAGACAGCGGAAGCCACAGGCUCCCCAGUUCUCUCCAGGCUGGGGUGGGGGAGGGAAGCAAGACGGAGCUGCAAGUGCCUGGCCAGAGCCCUGCCUGCCUGCCUG